AUCAUUUCCGGGAAGGAAGUAGUCCGAUCAAAACAAACGCUAGCUCCUCGUUGAAAUAUUUUGCAACUUUCAAUGAGUUUCACGUUUGUUGAAUCGUAGACGUUUCGCAGUUACUGAUCAAAAACUUGUGUUUCCAUGGAGACGCCAGAGCCGGGCCCAGCUGAUGGAGAGGAGCAUCUGGUGGAGCUUCGACCUCGGACACGCUCCAACCCUGAAGGGGCCGAGGACCGUCGCAGCAGCACGGGCAGCCUCGGAGGAAACAGUAACCCCAACAUCUCUCAGCCCGCUGUGGGGAGUCGUGUUGAGGGUGAGGGUGAGGCUUCAACCAGCGACAGUCCUCCCAGUUCCACAACCACAACCGUCUCAGUAGCUGCAGCUCAGACUGUAGCCCCUGUUGCAGUAGCAGCAGCUGCAGCCAGUGCCACAGCGCCACUAUCCACUGCUGCCGUUGCAGCCAAAGAGAGGCCGAAGCCCACACAGCAGCAGCCCGCAUUAACAACCCCCAUCCCCCCACCAGCAGAGUACCAGCUCCGAGUUCCCCGUGUCAACUGUCCAGAGAAAGUGAUCAUCUGCUUAGACCUUUCCGAAGAGAUGUCUUUGCCAAAGUUGGAGUCUUUUAACGGGUCUAAAACGAAUGCCCUGAACAUAUCCCAGAAGAUGAUUGAGAUGUUUGUCAGGACUAAACACAAGAUUGACAAACGGCAUGAGUUUGCCCUGGUAGUGGUCAAUGAUGACGCUCUGUGGUUGUCAGGCUUCACUUCUGACCCCAGGGAGCUGUGCAGCUGUCUGUAUGACCUUGAGACCAAUGUGUGCGAGUCCUUCAACCUUGAAGAUCUUCUUAAUGUAAUUCGUCAGAAGAUUGAGCUGCCGUCGAUGGACAAUGUUCAGACCGUACCUCCUCCAUAUGUGGUGCGGAGUGUGCUCAUCUACAGCCGUCAUGCAGGACAGCUUCAGUUUAACCCUUCAGAGGCUGUUAGUAAAAUGCUGCAGUCUCCGUAUUUUUUCUUUGAUGUGGUCUACCUACACAACGGGGUGGAGGAGCAGGGGGAUGAGACCAGCUGGAGGGACAACUACGCCUCUUUCUGCAACCUGGACUCAAAGGGCAUGUGCUAUCGCUUUGAGGUUUCCCUGAGUGGACCUGCCAUCGAGCUGCACAACUGCAUGGCCAAACUUCUGGCUCACCCUUUACAGAGACCUUUCCAGAGCCACGCUUCUUACAGCCUGCUGGAGGGGGAAGACCCCCAGGACAUUGAGGCAACCGUGUAAAACAUGGCACUCUCAAAAAGCCCUGUUUCUCUGUGAAAUUCACACAGUGUAGUUUUUUAGAAAGGGGCAGGGGUUUUUCCAAGUACACAUUAUUACUGAAGUUUUUGCCAUUAACUGCUGAAGAGCUGUAAUUUGUAAGAAUAUUUGUGAAAACAAGGUGUAGUUCUAAUGAAACAAGAAGGGUUUAGCAGGUUUCUUAACUCAAUCGUUGUGUUUCCAUAAAAGUAUGAGUCAUGAUUGUCUUAAGACGCUUUUUUGGCUGGAGGUUUCCGAGGAGAAGAGGUGAUAUAGUGGAUGUCAUAGAGUCCAGGAGCCGGACUCAAGAAGAAGAAGAAGGAGAAGAUAAAGAAUUAAAAAAAGGAAGAUGGUUGAAACAUCAGGCAUUGUUUAACUUGCUCCCUUACCACUACAUUUUUCUUUCAAAUCAUCACCACACGGAUCUGUCUGAGUCUUGAAGGGUGAAAUCAGUGCAGGCCUUUGUCUCAAAAGGCCUGGUUUCAAAAACCGUAAAACUGUAAUAUGAUGUACUGUAUCACAGAGGUCACAACUUCUGUAAUAUUGCCUUCCCCUUCAGUUUGUCAUUUUCAGCUUUUGUUGCCUGUUUUAAUGUAUUUUCUGUUUUUAUAAGGGGUUGUUUUUAAUCUUAAGUUCAUAUGUCAUUGUAUGUAACACAGACCAAGGAAGAAUGUACAGUAAUGUAGCUGCCCCUUUUUUGAUGAUGAUCUCUGUGACAGUGAUUGUCUGAUUGUGAAAAAGGCCACACGUACUUCCUGUAAAGCUGCACUUGAAACAAAUUGUACAGAUGAGCUUCUUGAAGCUGUUUCUGGAUAUUAAAAAAAAAGACAUGUU